AUGGCGAAAGUAGCAGAGGAACACGUUGAAGCUCGCGUCAAACAACUCCUGCCUCGUAUGACUUUGAAAGGCAAGGUUGGCCAGAUGACCCUAAUCGAGCGCCAGGUCGCCACUUCCGCUGCAGUUAGAGACCACUUCAUAGGGAGUACAUUCAGUGCUCCAGGCAACGUGCCCUGUGAAAAGGCUUCGCCGUCAGAAUGGGCGGACAUGGUGGAUGGGCUUCAGAGGUCAGCGCUAACGUCGAGGCCUGGGAUUCCUCUCAUAUAUGCGACUGAUGCGGUUCAUGGCAACGGCAAUGUUUAUGGUGCUACUAUAUUCCCUCACAACGUUGGUCUUGGCGCCACCAGAGAUGCGGAUUUGGUUCGAAGGAUUGGUGUGGCAACUGCUCUUGAAGCCAGGGCUUGUGGUUUUCAGUAUAUUAUCGCUCCCUGUGUGGCUGUAUGCAAAGAUCCGAGAUGGGGAAAUUGCUACGAGAGUUACAGUGAAGACACUGAAAUUGUAUGCAAGAUGACAUCUAUCGUUUCAGGCUUAACGGGGCAGCCUCCCCAAGGACAUCCAGAGCGCUACCCUUUUAUAGCGGGAAGGAACAACACUAUUGCAUGUGCCAUGCAUUAUGUUGUGGAAGAGGGGAAUGAGGGGGAUGCUCUAUUAUCUUACGACGAUUUAGAGAGGAUUCAUAUGAAACCUUAUCUGGACUGUAUUUCUCAAGGAGUUUUUUGUACUGCUAUUAUGGCUUCCUAUAACAGCUGGAAUGGAGAUAGAGUACAUGGUCACCGUUUUCUCCUUACAGAAAUCUUGAAAGAUAAGCUAGGUUUUAAGGUAAUUUUGAUUUCUGACUGGGAAGGAAUUGACCAACUUUGCGAACCUGAAGGUUCAGACUAUCGUUUAUGCAUUUCCUUAACCAUUAACGCAGGAAUAGACAUGGUCAUGGUGCAUUUCAGAUAUGAAAAAUUCAUCGAGGAAUUAAUAUAUCUUGUGGAAUCCAGGGAGAUACCAAUGUCUAGGAUAGAUGAUGCUAUUGCAAGAAUACUCAGAGUGAAGUAAACUUUGCAGGACGUAGUUGAUUGCAUGCUGCACAGAGAUCUAGCACGUGAAGCAGUUCGCAAGUCAUUGGUUCUUUUGAAGAACGGAAAGGACCCAAUGAAACCUUUUCUUCCAUUAGAAAGAAAUGCUAACAGAAUACUUGUUGCUGAAACACAUGCCGAUGAUCUUGGAAAUCAAUGUGGAGGAUGGACGGCUACAAGACAAGGUAGCAGCGGCCCGAUUACUAUUGGGACAACCAUCUUGGAAGCUAUUAAGAAAGCAGUUGGAGAUGAUACAGAAAUAAUUUAUGAGAAAUAUCCGUCCACUUUAGCGCGUCAAGAUAUCUCUUUUGCGAUCGUGGUUGUUGGUGAAGCUCCGUAUGCAUUAGGGGCUUACAGUUCGGAACUUAUGAUCCCGUUCAAUGGAAUGGAUGUCAUAAGCUCGAUUGCUGACAGAAUUCCCGUUUUGGCAAUUCUGAUUUCCGGAAGAACCUUAGUUUUAGAGCCCUGGCUCUUGGAAAUGAUGGAUGCUCUUCUUGCUGCUUGGCUCCCUGGUACUGAAGGAGAAGGAAUUGUAGAUGCAAUCUUUGGAGAUUUUGACUUCGAGGGUAGACUCCGGGUGACAUGGUUUAAAAGGGUUGAACUACUGCCUAUGCAUGCUGCAGACCCUUUAUAUCCGCUUGGCUUUGGGAUGACAUUCAAUAAGGAGUAAUGUUUGCACCAAAGGAUUUGAAGAUAAUGCUGUUUUACGUUUUGAUUCUGAGUUUAUUGAACUGGUUUUAGCAUAACAUUUAUGUUGGGAUUUACGGCUCAAAAUUAGGAUGAUGCAGAAAUUAGCUUUGUGUUACCUAUUUUAUUUGGUGUCCUAUUUGUGCUUGGAUUUGACUUCUUGGUUGAAUUAUUUUCUUGGUGGAGAGAUUUUGUUAAUUACCUAUUUGAUUGGGAUUUGGAUUUGGAUUUACUUCCACUUAGAUUUAGGAUUCUUAUUGUAACCUAAGUCCUAUGCAUUAUAAAUAGGACCUUGGGGUUGGUUUAUUUUGUGUGCCUCACCAUUAGUUUAGAGAAGUUUCUCUAAUUGGGUUUUGUGUGGAGGUCACCAUUUGGAGUCAUGAGUGUGUGGCAAAUUCAUGGCUCAUUCGUUUGGGAAUUUGGUAAGAAUCAUUUUGAGUUAGAGAACAAUUUGGGAGAAUCUUGUCCAUUUAUUUGUUUUGAGUUCUCUACUCGUUUGGUUUAGGAUUUGUAGUUUGUAGCAUUUGGGUUGUGAAAGUUAAACACUCUUUUGUAAUAUCGUCUGUUUAGUGAAAUUCAUCGUCGUGCUUCAC